AUGUCUCUUUCAUAUACCGACUCGAGCUCUCACACCGAGUCUUCUCGCUCCAAAUGCGCGACCAAUGAUAUUCCUUAUGAGCAUGAGCAGCUGAAUCAACCGGGGCGUCUCAAGGCAGCGUACCGACGACUUUCAACGUCCUUGGGCUUCAAGGAACGUUUCAGUUUGACAUUUCUUAUCGUCUUUGGUGGCGCCCUGCUCGGUUUCUGUAUAAGUCGGCUUAUGAUGCUGGCCCCAUCCAACGUGAUACAUAAAACUGUUCCAGGGGAGUGGUACUGGUACCGGCAGGCUUUAUACAAGCCCAACAUCUUCAUGCACAUAUACAUGAGCAUUCUUGGUGGAACACUCGCUACCCUACAGUUUAUCCCGAUCAUCCGCCGUAAAAUGAUGAUCGUCCACCGAAUUAACGGAUGGGUUGUGUUUUUAAACCUUGGGAUAGGUAGUGUAACCGGCUCCAUUGUGGCUCGGCGUGCAUUCGGCGGAGACCUCAAUUCAGAGGCAGCGUACUACACACUUGGGUUCAUGAUAGGGCCUGCUGCAAUGUUAGGAGUUUUCUUCGUACGGGUUCGGGUCAAUGUUGCCUUACAUAGAGAAUGGAUGCUCCCAAGCGUGAUCACCGCUCGGAUUAUUACUAUCAUGGCUCGUGCGAUUAUUUCGGCCAUCGGUACCUACUAUGCGAUGUGGAGAUGUGAUGAAAUUACGUUCUUGCUGGAGGAUCCCGGUACAGUUCAGAGGUCAUUCCCCGUAUGCGUGAACGCCACCCGCCCCAAACGGACGUUUGUCCCGGUGCAUGCAUCGAUUCAUCAAGAGCCUAUCAACUUUGGAGCCACCUACCGGGUUACUUUCGGUAUGGCCCUUUGGCUAGCCAUUUUGAUUCACUUGGCAGGAACGGAGUUAUAUAUAAAUUUGACCAAGUCAUACGCUAAGCCAGCUCAAAUUCGUAUGGAUACAAAUGAAGGGGGUGAAAAGGUAUGA